AUGAAAAAUUCAAAAAUAUUUCAGGUAAUUAAAGAACUUGGUAGUGGUGGUUGCGGUAUCGUUUAUGAAGUUGAACGAAUAUGCGGUAGAAAUAUGGGAAUACGUGCUGCAAUGAAAGCGGAAACGGUAGAUGAAAAUCAAAAGUAUUCUGAAACACUUGUUGCUGAGGCUCUGGUCUUACGUCGUAUGCAAUGGUCAUCACAUUUUUGUCGCCUAUAUUUAGCUGGUCGAUCAUCACCUAACUGUAACAUUAUUGUUAUGUCACUUGUUGGACGGCCACUUUCUUGGCUUCGACGUCAAAAUCCAUCUCAACGAUUUACUCUUUCCACGGCAAUACGUCUUGGCAUGCAGUGUCUUCAAGCAAUUAAUGAUUUACAUACUAUCGGAAUUAUUCAUCGUGAUAUUAAAGGAUCCAAUUUUGCAAUUGGUCGAGGAAAUUUACGCCGUGUAGUUCAUAUGAUUGAUUUUGGAUUCUCACGAUUUUAUUUAACAAGAGGUUCAGAUGGGAAAUUGCACCAUCGCAGUCAAAGACCUAAAGCGCCAUAUUUGGGCACUGAUCGAUACUGCUCCGUUUUUGUGCAUAUGGGAAAAGAUCAAGGCAGACGUGAUGAUUUAUGGUCAUUCCUAUAUAUGUUAAUUGAAUUCAUCGUUGGUCAGUUACCGUGGAGAACCGCAUCCUACAAAAAUCUUCUCUCAAUGAAA